AUGUCGUCGGCCGCCGUACAUGCCUUGCCGCAGCAUUUCCAACAGUCCUCACCCAAUGCCUCGCCCUCUUCAGCCCGCCGUCCGCAGAGCCAAAGACCUUCGACCGGGUCCGGCCCUUCACACUUCGACACUCCUUCUGCCAUAGCUGCCCGUCAAGUUUCCUCGUCCUCGACCCAGGCUUCGCCGAACCACCGCAAGAUCUCUACCGCCUAUGACUCGAUGGAGCCCGCCAUGCCUCAACAAGAUUACACAUCUACUCACCCACACCUCAACACAGAUAGUCCGUCGCAGGCCCGUCGGAAAGAGUUGGAUCAACCCUCGUCGCCUCGCCAUAUGAUCCCCGACACUCUUCCUCGUGAAGACAGCGCCAUCUUGAGCAGGUUGGUUAUCGACGACCCGCAGGCCGACGCUGCUCGUGAGAGAGAUCGUCAGGCCGAAGCACAAGCCAUGUCCGCCAACCACCACCACGAACCCUCCAUGUCAACCAUGGAAGCCCCUGAUGAGGCUUCCGCCCCCCGCCGCCGCCAAGAGCACCUCAAGUCAAGUCACCCUAGAAAGGAGACCAAGUUCGGAGAGUACAUCCUGGGACAGACACUGGGUGAGGGAGAGUUCGGCAAGGUCAAGAUGGGGUGGAAGAAAGAGGGAGGCGUCCAGGUCGCCAUCAAGCUGAUUCGCCGCGAAACGUUGGGCAACAAUCCCAACCGCCUUCCCAAGAUCUACCGCGAGAUAUCGAUUCUCCGCGGACUAGCACAUCCCAACAUCGUCCGUCUGCAUGAGAUGGUCGAGACCGAGAGGCAUAUUGGAAUCAUCCUCGAGUACGCGUCGGGCGGAGAACUGUUCGACUACAUCCUGAACCACCGCUAUCUUAAGGACAAUGCGGCCCGUCGGUUGUUUGCACAGCUCGUAUCUGGUGUUGGCUACUUGCAUAAGAAGGGUAUUGUCCAUCGCGACCUGAAGCUGGAGAACCUACUGCUGGACCGCAACCGCAACAUCAUCAUCACCGACUUUGGCUUUGCCAACACCUUCAACCCGGACGAUGAGCUGGGCGAGGACAUCGAGUACAAUCUGAACAACAAGGACUUUGUUUCCAAGAUGGGCCUGGAACACGUACAACCGACCGGUCACCGUCGAGGUGAUCUCAUGCAAACGAGCUGUGGUAGCCCGUGCUAUGCUGCGCCAGAACUGGUUGUUAGUGACUCGCUCUACACUGGCCGCAAAGUCGACGUGUGGAGCUGCGGUGUCAUAUUGUACGCAAUGCUUGCAGGAUAUCUGCCAUUCGACGAUGAUCCGGCCAACCCCGAAGGCGAUAACAUUAACCUAUUGUACAAGUAUAUUGUGUCGACUCCCCUAACCUUCCCCGAGUACGUCACCCCUCACGCUCGCGAUCUGCUUCGUCGCAUUCUCGUGCCCGAUCCGAGAAAGCGCGCCGACCUGUUCGAAGUUGCUCGUCACAGCUGGCUGAGCGAGUACGCCCAUGUCGUUGGUUUCAUAACAAGUACCACGACUACUUCGGCCGACAUUGUCGACUCUGCCAUUCCUACUGAAGAUCAAUAUGAUGUACCACAACUCGCCCGCAGUGCAUCCGUCAGAGAACCUUCCAAACCUAGUCAGAUUUCUGUUCCUGGUGGCCUCAUCAACAAGAAUGUUCCCAUCAAUGAAACUGAGACAAAGACGCCCCGCGAUGCUAAGCGCAGAACUGUGCAGGUCGAGUAUGUUGCUCCCAACUCUCAGACCGUGCGCCAGCAACCCAUUUCGACCUCGCUGCCCACUAGUGUCGCUUUGGCACAACCUGGACCUCCUCCUUCUUCUCAAGGAAGAUCGCGUGCGAGAGGGGACAGUGCUUCCGGACCCGUGGCCGUCAACCCUGCAUCUUACGAUCCAUCGACCAGUGCCCAGCGUUCUCAACCACGUCCAGCUACCCAAUCCGCAAUGUCGCCUCCUGUCCGCCCCCAUCGCGAGCCUGCACGAGCAGUCACCGACUCGACUCCAUUCACCGUCGGUUCUCCGACUUCAAAUGCUCGUCCUACUACGAGCGGCUCGAGAUUACCGUCGCGUGGUAACUCGUAUGGUCAACCUGCGCUUGCCACGGUCGCUGCUACCAAUGCCGAAGGUCGUUUCUCGCAGCCCAACAAAUCUUCUGGCUACAUGAUCUCUGGUCCAGGUUCGCAAGAAGGCUCAAAGAGAAACUCAUACACAAGGCCAGUCAGCCAGCAUCUGCCUGCCGACUACCAAACGGCUCCUCAACAGCCCGCAGAAAGACAAGUUCGUGGACACAAACGUUCUAACACGAUGGAAAGUUUCACUACAAAGUUAUUCGGUCGCACUAACUCUCGCCGUCAAUCGGCCACUCCGCAGGAGAUUGCCAACGCCCGUCAAGAGAGGGAGAAGGCUAAUCGCAUGUAUCCUCCAGUCAGCAUGAAGAACGCCAUGCCACACUCUGGUGAGGACCUCACUCGCCCGUCUACCGAGUCGUCUCGCCGCUCCUUUGGCUAUAACCGUAAAAACAGUGAGACCGCCGGGCCCAGAUCGUCAAGGAGAUUCUCUUUCCUGCCCAUGUCGUUCUCUAGGAUGAGCUUCUCUGGUGCAUCUGGUCCCGAAUCCGCUGAGGGUGGCAGACGCGCUUCUGUUCAAGCAAACGCUCGCAGUCGUCCUGCUUCAAAGCAAUCGCCAAUCAUGGCAUUUGGCCAAGGAAGAAGUCGCUCGCCAAGUCAAAGCACAACUAGCAGCAGUAUUCCAGUUGUACAGGAUAGUAACGUUGAUGCCCGCCGUAAGAUGACUCACCAACCUGUACGUGGUGCAACCGCGCCCGAUCUUACCAAGAUGCAAGACUCUGGAUUUUCACAGCAGCAGCAGUUUUCUAGACAGCAGCAACAAGAGCAGCAGUACAACAACUACACUCCUCCUCAGAGUAGCGCUGGUCGACCAAGACAGGAGAACCUUUACACCCCUUCGCAAUCCGCAGAAUCACAGGCUUCUGAUUCAAUUACUCAGACGCCGCGACAGAAAUAUCCUGCCGGCUUCAACGAAGCUGAACCUGCUGUAGCAAAGCCUCAACAACGCCAACAGGCAGUGCUACAGAAGAACCGCAAGUUCGGAGAUGCAUACGAAGGUCAUGGCAAUGGUGGCAGUAGCGGUGGUGCCAGACGAGUGAUGGACUGGUUCCGUAAGAGAGGCAAGGACAGGAGCAACUAG